UUGCCCAUCCAAUCAUCAGCUCAUUGUUGCUAGCUAUCUCCUUUCGUCUGUCACGCUCCGUAAGUCACAGUAACGAAAACCGUCACGCCGUCCGUAUCAAACAAGACUUAUAAGUUUUAUUAUUUUAUUUCCUUAAACUCCUUUUUCUUUUAUCCAAAAUUUUUCAAAAACCCUAACCUCCCAAGCGUGCCAAUGCUCUCGCCUUUUCAUCUCCUGCGAUAAAUCCCUCGUCUAUUCCCUUUGAAUCCUUCCUCUUUCUUUCCGUUUCCUUCCUCGUAACUUUGAUUAAGAAAGUGAAAGUAAAAUGAGAGGCAAAGGAGUUAUGAGAGGGUUUUCUCGACCUAAAUCUUGUUCCAGGAAGAAAACGCUGAAAAGAUGCAACAUGAAAGGGAAAUUUGAGAAUGUUGUUCUCAUUGACGUUGAUGGUGAUGGAUGUGAGAAUGUUAUUAUCAUUGAUGCUUUUGAGUCUGUAGGGGAAGAUUUACAAGGUUCCAGUGGAUCAAAAGGAGGCAAACGAUUUCCUUCUCCAGGUGUAAUUAGCAUUGAUGAUGAUGAAACUGAUACUAUAGAUGAUCCUGAAAUUUGUGUUGAAUGUGGUCCCUCAGAUAGUGAUGCCUCCUCAAGCAAAAGUUGUCCUGCCCCUGACUUUAUGCGGAAAUCUGCUGGCUUAUAUGAUGAUGAGUGCCAGUUCGUCAGGGAAAAGAAAUCUGCUUUUAAAUUAUCAAAGUGCAAGAAAACCUACACUGGGAAGACUCCUUGCAGAAAAUGUUUUGGUUUAAGUCCCGAGUCUGAGGAUAGCUCAUCUGAAAGUGAUUGUUCUGAUUGUGAACUUAUGGAAGGUUGUUUUGGAAAACUUCGUGAACAGUGGGAGAAAGCUUUCCAACAAAAGAAAUAUAGUGUUAGAAAUGGUCAAUCUGGUUUAGAGGAUCAGACUAGUGCCUCAGGAUCACGUAAUGAUACUCCUCCAGGAGUUGAACAAGAAAAUAGGACCCAAAAGCAUUCUGAAACCCCCUCAUCCUCUGGUUCAAGUGGUUCAAAUAUUCAGAAACAGAGGUCUUAUGCCUUUGAGACUAAUAGUGCUUAUUACUCAUGUCGUACUUGUCUUAAUCGUGGGACAGAAAACCCUUUUGUUGAAUCUGAUAAGAAAGUUGAACAUGAAAGCUUUUCACAGUCAAAAUAUGGGCCAACUGCUGAAGCACAGUUUUCUCAUGUUCUGGCUGAUGUCAUAUUUGAAAGAGAAACAUUUAUGAAGAAUCCUCCUUCAGGGGAUGGAGAUCGAGUGUUUGCGCAGGCACCCUCAAAUCGUGACCCAUAUCCAAGUGACUUGCAACAUGGGAAAAAGGGUUCAAAUGGAAAAGAGAAACUACAAUCCAAAGAACCAUUGAUGUCAAUGCCUAAAUUAUCAGAAGAAAAACAGGUUGAUGAUGGCAUGACCCCUUCUGUUGUGGAAGUUGAAACUGUUUUUGACCAAUCCUCUUCCGUUAAGACUCCAUUAGGGGGAAUGCCAGUAGUCAGCAAUAAGAACCAUUGUGAUAGAGAGAAGGUAGUAUCUGAGAACAGUUCUGAGUGUGAUGAAACUCAAAUUACGCAAUCUUAUACUGAAGCAGAGAAAUCAAGUAUUAAUUCUGUGGCUAACAGUAAAAAAUAUGAUGGAAGGAAUAAGUUACAUGUUCAAGGUGUUGAUGCUGCAGCUUCUGGUGAAAAUGAUAUAAUUAUUGACCGAGAAAAGCUAAAGGAGACUGAUGAAUACAAGAGAGCUGCAGAAGAGGAAUGGGCAUCUAGGCAGCGAGAAUUACAAAUUCUGGCAGAAGAGGCUCAAAGAUUGCGGAAAAGAAAAAGGGCUGAAAGCAUUCGUCUAUUAGAUAUGGAGAGGAGGCAAAAGCAGCGUCUUGAGGAAAUGAGAGAGACACAAAAGAAGGUGAAUGCAGCUUAUAAACGAGCCUUGCUAGGAUUUCAUCCUGACCGAGCAUCUAGAACUGAUAUUUGCCAGCAGGUUGAGGCCGAGGAAAAAUUUAAGCUUAUUUCUUGCAUGAAGGAGAAAUUUUUGUGACUUAAUGUCACUGAUUCUUAACAAAGGUUCAAAUAUUUUUACUACAAUGCAAAUUUUGUUUGUUUCAUAGGCAACUAGGGUUUCACAUUUUUUUAAUAUUCAUAUGUUAGAAAUUUUUUUGCCAGUUCUGUUCAGGUGUACUGGUCAAAAUUGUAAAGCAGUUGUAAAUACUUGCAAAGAUAUCAUUGCUAGAGGUCUGAACCAUCAGGUUAUAUUCUACAGCCUAUCUUUGAGAAUUGAGUACGCGCUGAUUAAUUGUUUCCUAACUGUGAUGUGCUCAUUAAUUGGAUUUUGAGAUAAGAGGGCUGUGAACUUGUUUGCUGUGUUUAAUCAAAGUGUUUGUACUUCCUAUAAAACUUGGAAAUAAUGUUGUAUUUACAUUACAUUACCCAUGACAAUGCCAUAUUAUUCUAUGAGCGUUUCACUUCACUGACAAUUUUUUUUAUUAUAUUCUUACAAUUGUCCAAUUAUAAUAGAAAUUUGUGUAAGGUUUCAUCACUUAUUAAGUAUGAAUUUUACGUAAUAUU